UCCAAUUAAUUAAAAAAAAAAAAAGAAAUAAAAAUCGUUUGUUUUGUAGUCUGAUUUUUAAGUGGCUGCAGCUUUCUCCCCAAAACUGCAUGUCGGAAUCUUCUUUUUCAUUCCCAGUCUUUCUCAUUCACUACUUUCUCUGAAUUCAACUCUGACCCAUCAUCAUCUUUCCAAGAUCCACCGGGAAAAAAAAUUCCUUUUUCCAUGGAAUCCGUUACGGAAAUUCACCGGAAUCAGCCACAACGACACGCGCUGUGCUUGCCAUUCCCGGCUCAAGGACACAUCAACCCAAUGCUCAAACUCGCCGUCCUCCUACACCACCACCGCGGCUUCCACAUCACCUUCGUCAACACCGAAUACAACCACCGCCGUCUACUCAAAUCCAGGGGUCCCAGCUACCUCGACGGCUUGCCGGGUUUCCGUUACGAAACGGUCCCGGACGGCCUCGCCACCGCCAAUGAUGCCGCCGAGAAGACUCAAGAUGUGGUCGAGCUCUGCCUUACGUCUCCCAAGGGUAGUUUAGACCCACUUCGGGAAUUGAUUAAGAAACUGAACGAUUCAGGCCCGCCUGUAACUUGUCUGAUUUCCGAUGUUAUCAUGACUUUCGCUCUUGAUGCCGCCAUUGAAGCCGGUAUUCCCGGUUUCCUGUUCCGGACGGCCAGCGCCACCAGUUUAAUGUGUUAUAGACACGUCGGAAAACUCGUGGAAAAGGGUCUUAUACCUCUUAAAGGUUACACCUUUUUGUCCCUUCCUUUUCGAUUUCAACUUUAUCUGAUCAAAUGAUUGAUUGUGUGUAAAGGGUCUUUUUUUGGUGUUCUAUUAGAAUUUAAAUUGAUGUAAAUUUUCGGUUUGAUGUACCUUUGAUCAGAUGAAAGCUAUCUGACAAACGGAUAUUUAGAUGCCACCAUCAUAGAUUGGCUGCCGGGGAUGCCGGCGAUUAGUCUCAGGGACUUUCCGACUUUCAUCCGGACAACAGAUCCUGGAAACAAGAUGCUAAAGUUUUGCAUCACAGAGCCAGGGAGAGCUUCUAAAUCAUUUGGAAUCAUCAUAAACACAUUUGAUUCCAUGGAAUCAAAUGUGCUAAAUGCACUCGCAAGCAUGGGUGGCCCUCCAUUCUACACAGUUGGUCCUCUUCACCAUUUAACCAAUCGCCUCCCACAAGAUAGAUAUGAUUCCAUUGCAUCCAAUUUGUGGAAAGAAGAGUCAGAGUGCAUCCAAUGGCUCAGCACAAAAGAAGCUAAUUCGGUAAUUUAUGUCAAUUUUGGCAGCAUCACUGUUUUGACACCUGAACAGCUGCUGGAGUUCGCAUGGGGGCUUGCGAAUAGCAACCAAAACUUCCUGUGGAUAAUUAGGCCGGAUCUUGUUGUCGGAGAUUCCGCUGUACUACCGCCUGAAUUCGUCGAUGCAACGAGAGAGAGAGGUAACAUAUCGGGCUGGUGCCCUCAGGAGCAAGUGCUGAAACAUCCUUCCAUUGCAGGGUUCUUGACGCAUUGUGGUUGGAACUCGAUGUUGGAAAGCCUGUCUUUCGGUGUGCCCAUUAUAUGUUGGCCAUUCUUUGCUGACCAGACGAUCAAUUGUCGUUGCGCCUGCUCAGAAUGGGGCGUGGGAAUGGAGAUUAGUGUGAAUGUGAAAAGAAACGAAGUGGAAAGUCUCGUGAGAGAGUUGAUGGAAGGGGAGAAAGGGAAAGAGAUGAAGAGGAAAGCUUUAGAAUGGAAGAGGAAAGCAGAGGAGGCUACAGAGCUUGAUGGUUCAUCAGUUAUCAACUUUGAUAAUCUGAUCAAACGCAUGGAUCAGCUAUCAAAAACUUAAAACAGAUAGAUUCAGGUUCUUGUAUCAAUUUCGAAACAAAAGGCAUUAUCACUAGUAUUGAAAAACUGUAGAAAUGGUUGAUAACAGAAACGAUGAAAAUGGUUGGGACAAUAGUAUUGAAACAGAGGAGUAUUACAAUAUUCUCGGCCUCGUGUUCGAAUUAAACUGCAGUUAAAAGCAUAAAAUAAGACUAUCACAUGUGCCAUCAACCUUUGAAAAAAGUCCAAGUCAUUGCGGAUUCAUUACUCAACAUAGAGUAUAUCGCCUGACGCAUCCAAUGCUUUUGUUCCAGAUUGUUUAAUGCAGAAUAUGAUAUGCGAAUUAUUUAUGUCAUUAAAUUGUUAAAGUUGUUGAAACCUUAAAGUUACAGCUCCAUAAACCGAAAGUUCCAGAAUUCCAGGAUACAUCAAACACUACUAAAUAGGCCAAAAUCAUCUUCUCUGAGUCCUAAAGCAUGAGUUCAGUUUCAGAAACAGAAUCCAAUCAUCAAAAAGAUGAGAAGAAGGUUAUCAGUAAUAAGCCUCAUGCUGUGUGUCUUCCAUUUCCAGCUCAAGGUCACAUUAACCCAAUGAUUAAAUUGGCCAAACUUCUUCACAGCAAAGGCUUCCAUAUAACUUUUGUCAACACAGAAUACAACCACAGGCGCCUGCUCAAAUCCAGAGGACCUGACUCUUUGAAUGGCGUUCCUGGUUUCAGGUUCGAGACAAUCACAGAUGGGCUUCCGCCGGCCGCGGCUGAGGAUACCACCCAAGACCUACCAUCUCUUUGUGAUUCAACAACUAAGAAUUGCUUGGCUCCAUUUCUUGCACUUCUCAGGAAGCUCAAUUCAUUGGACGGAUCGCCUCCGGUUAGUUGUGUGGUUUCGGAUACCGCCAUGUGGUUCGCUAUAAAAGCCGCUCGAGAAGUAGGAGUUCCCAUCUUUUGUUUAAGGACUACCAAUGCUUCCUGCUUCUUUGCCUACAGAAACUUUCCAGCAUUGAUACAAAAAGAAAUCUUACCUCUCAAAGAUUCAACUUUCUUAACAAAUGGUUACUUAGAAUCUACACUAGAUUGGAUUCCAUCACUGAAAAAUGUUCGACUCAGAGAUCUCCCUACUUAUACAAGGACAAAUGAUUCAAAUGAGAUGCUAGACUUCAUAAUGACACAAGUGCUAGAGGCUUCAAAAGCUGAUGCCUUGAUAUUCAACACCUUCGAUGAGCUCGAACGUGAUGUCUUGGCCGAUCUAUCGCGAACCUGCCCUCCAAUCUACACAAUUGGCCCUCUUCAUUCAAUCAUCAAUCAGCUUCCACAAAACAGUCUUAAGUCCAUUGGAGGAAGCCUUUGGAAAGAAGACCUGGAAAGCCUGAAAUGGCUCAACUCCAGAGCUCCCAAUUCUGUGGUGUAUGUUAAUUUCGGUAGCAUUACAGUCUUGACUCCGGAACAGCUGGUUGAGUUUGCUUGGGGAUUGGCUGACAGCAAAAAAGACUUCCUUUGGACACUAAGGCCAGAUGCAGUUAAGGGAGAUUGCAAUGUGAAUUUACCAUUUGAGUUUUAUGAGGAAACAAAAGAGAGAGGCCUAAUCGUCACAUGGUGCCCGCAAGAGCAAGUUCUUAACCAUCCCUCUAUUGGAACAUUCUUAACGCAUUGCGGAUGGAAUUCAAUGAUGGAAAGCUUAGCCAGCGGUGUGCCAAUGAUUUGUUGGCCUUUUUUCGCCGAUCAGCAUAUCAAUUGUAGGUUCGCUUGCGCUGAAUGGGGUGUUGGCUUGGAGAUUGAUAGUAAUGUCAAUAGGGUUGAUGUAGCAAAUGCUGUUACGGAAUUGAUUGAUGGAGAGAAAGGGAAACAGUUGAAGAGUGAUGCUCUCAUAUGGAAGAACAAAGCUGCAGACGCCACUACUACUUCAAAUGGUUCGUCAUACUUGAACAUUGACAAAUUAGUGGCAGAAAUGUUAAGCAGGCAUUAGUUUGUCUCUUGAGAUUGUUAUUGUUUUGUAUCGAAAACAAGAUGUUCUUCUUUAUCUAAAUUAUUAGUUGAUUCAAAGUUUAUGUGUUGACAAAAACUGAUAGCUAUAUGAAAUCUUCAUAGUCGACCUUUUGUAAUUAGAUAGAUGCUCAGUUACUACCACCAGAUGAAAGCGAAAUGCGAUCACAAGAACACAGUCAAAUUAUUAGAACAGAGUGAAUGUGCUAAGCCUUUUUGAUCUGAGAUUUUCCGGCUAAGCGAUUUACCAACAACUGGAAACUAUUGAAUGAGGUACCACCAGGCUUUGUAGCAAUUUCUGCUUUCUUCUGCCACUCCAUUAUCUUUUUCUUAAUCUCUUUCCCUUCAUUUCCCUCCAUUAGUUCCCUGACAAGUCCCUCAACUUGGAUUCUGUCAACUUUACUAUCAAUCUCCAUUCCAAUUCCCCACUUAGUACAAAUAUAAAGACUAUUCAUAUGUUGUUCUCCAAAGAAUGGCCAACAAAUCAUUGGCACGCCUGCACAAAUGCUCUCCAACGUUGAAUUCCAACCACAAUGCGUUAAAAAUCCGCCAACUGAAGGAUGGCCUAGGACUUUCUCUUGUAGGCACCAAUCAAUCAGAAGUCCUCUGUCAUUAACUUCAUUCAAGAAAUCAUGGGAUAUGACAUCAGUUCCACCAUUCACCAAAUUAGGCCUAAUCACCCACAAAAAAGAAUAUCUGCUAUUGGCCAGUCCCCAAGCAAACUCUUUUAAUUGAUCAGGGGUCAAAAUCACUAAACUUCCAAAGUUCACAUACACAACUGUCCCUGGAUCCUUCUUAUCCAACCAUUCCAGGCAUCCUGUUUCCUGUUUCCACAAGCUGGAGUUGACUGAAUCCAGCUUCCCUCCACAGAGUUGUCGUUCAAGCAUCUGUAACGGCCCGAUUGUGUACAAAUUCGGGAACUUUUCUCUGAUGGCAUCUAAAACUUCUUGCUCUAGUUCUUCAAAGGAGUUGAGAAUCAUGCUUUUCGUCUUCAGCGCAUUUUGCACCGACUCUAAAUUGUAGUUGAACAUUACAUCUUCAGGAUUGGUUGUUUGACAGAAUGAUGGUAGAUGUUUUAAGCGAAUUCCUUGCAUUUCCGGAAUCCAAUCAAGCUCAGUUUCAAGAUAUCCAUUGGUUAAGAAGCUCUCAUCUGCAGAUUGGUGAUAAAACAUAUCACUAAACCUAGAUAAUAUCAAAAGGCUAGACAAUUUUGCAGUCAAGUUACAUUAUGAUUUUUAAAAAAAUGACACACCUUUCAAGGGAAAAUAUCCUCUUUUCUUGAGUUCUUCGUAUUGAAGAUAGCCUAACAUACCACAAGCACUAGGUGUAAAGGACAGAAUUUCCGGGACUCCGAAUUCUUGAGCUACUUCUAAGGUGUAGCUCAUCACUCCAUCAGAAACCACGCAGGAAACUGGAGGAACAUCAGGGGAAGAGUUGAGCUUUGUCAGGAGUUGUCUGAAAGAUUGCUUGAGGUGAACAGGCAUUGAUAUACAUAAAUCAGGAAGGUCCAGUAUGCCCCUUUGGUUAGAUGAGGGCAGACCAUCCACAACGGUUUCGAAUCGAAAAUCAUCCGAAAUGGUUAUGGAAUCAGCUGAUGAUGAGGAAUCCUUGUUAGAAUUGACCAAUCUGUUGUAGUUGAACUCUGUGUGGACAAAAGUGAUAGAGAAUCCGGCAGAAUGGAGAAGUUUAGCAAGCUUUAACAUGGGAUUAAUGUGACCUUGAGCUGGAAGUGGGAUGCAAACUGCAUGAGGUUUCCUAGUACUUGAGGAGGACUCCAUUGUUGUUGUCUCCGAAGAAUGGGAUGGAUGAUAAGAUUUAUAGUCAGGCAAAUUAGUUGUUUUUGGAAAAAUAUGUAAGGAGAAGAUGCUGAUUGCCCAAAUGCUCCACUCUCCAAGGAUAAUAUUAAUAUGCUUAAACCAGCCAAUAACAAGACAAAUUUGCCUCCUCCUUUUAUAUUAUUUUGGUCUCUUCCCAAUUGGUCAGGUCUGACUUCUGACUUCUGAGACUCCAUACCCUAUUCUUUAUCAUACUCAG